AUGCCGAAAUUUCAUGUGCUCCUCGUCCCAUGGCUUCUGGCUAGUCGAUUCUCGCUGUUGGCUGCAGAGGCUAAAAAUGGCUCAAAUGCCAAUCUUCUGCCAACGUUGGACAACAACAAUGAAGCGGAUCUACGACGUCCGGUACGAAUUGUGCGAAAACAGCCUGUGAAUGCGCCCCCAGAAAUCGUGGAAGCUAGUGGAGAAGAGCCCGUAGUUGCGGCACUCGCCUUAGCACUCAACCGAUCAGAAAAAGCUGCUCCUCAAGCCGAUGAUGAACUUCUAACGGGCGAGCUAAAGAACGCGAGCCUAAAUGCGGGCUUUGAUAUCUCCCCCAACUCUACCAACAUAACGCUGUUGGCGAAUAACUCGGACACGAUACUCGAUGCGCUCGUCGGAACUGUUGGGAUUGUACUGCACGACUGCCGCACCGAUGUCGAAUGUGCAUUGCGUGGUUCGACCCAUUGCAACUUUCACUAUUGGGGCUUCACGUCGAGCUGCUCGAAAGAA